UACUUCUCCUGAGUCAAUUGUUGUAUAGUAUAUAAUUUAUAAUUAAAGUAUAAUAUGCUGUAGAUAUUGCAUCAAAUAGAUUUGUUACUGAAAAAUAAUCAUUGGUAAAUACGAAUUUAGUUUUCUUACUGCAAUGAAAUUUAUGUAUAUAUAAUACUAUUUCCAAGUAUACUAUUAAAAUCGGAAGUUUUUUCUAUGUAAUCACUAGUACAUCAUAUAUGACAUGUAUACCUACGUAUACAUGUGACACUUGGUGUAAAAGUGUCAAUGUAUGGAAAUAAAAUCUUAAUUGAAAUACACCAAGUCAGUUAACAAGAUGACAGCUAACUAUUAUUUCGCAAUCGUCGGGCAUACUGACAAUCCUCUAUUUGAAAUUGAAUUCAACAACUCUGGGAAAGAUGCAAAGAAAGAAGAUUAUACUCAUUUAAACCAAUUUAUUGCACAUGCUGCCCUAGAUCUUGUAGAUGAACAUACUUGGAAAACAACAAAUAUGCAUUUGAAAGUUGUAGACAAAUUUAACCAAUGGUUUGUGAGUGCAUUUGUUACUGCAACUCACAUUCGAUUUGUCAUGGUACAUGACAGUAAAAAUGAAGAUGGUAUAAAAAAUUUCUUCAAUGAAAUGUAUGAAAUGUACAUAAAGUACUCAAUGAAUCCAUUCUAUAAAUUAAAUACGCCUAUUAAAUCCAUUGGCUUUGAGAAAAAGGCGCAACUAUAUGGUAGAAAAUAUUUAUCUUCAUAAAUUGUUCAUUAUUUCAUAAUUGUUCCUUGUAUGUAUCCAUUGCAUGAAAAGAAAAUGGAAGAAGUGAUACACUUAAUAAAAUAUCAUAGAAAUAA